CUCCCACUCCCUGCUCUUCUCUCUAUCUCUCUCUCUCUCUUCACGAGCACUCCUCCCUUCCACACACGGUGAAAAAAGGAAAAACCCUGCGCGAGGCGGCCACCGGAGCGCGAGGUGUAUUCGUCUCUAGUCAACAUGGCCACAGUUGUAACCUGCACCCGGUUCACUGACGAAUAUCAGCUGUUCGAGGAACUCGGAAAGGGCGCCUUCUCCAUCGUGCGUCGGUGCAUCAAGAAGUCCACCGGCCAGGAGUAUGCUGCGAAGAUUAUUAACACAAAAAAGCUCUCAGCCCGAGAUCAUCAGAAGUUGGACCGAGAGGCGAGAAUCUGCCGUCUGCUGAAACAUCCAAAUAUAGUACGGCUCCAUGACAGCAUCUCAGAGGAAGGCUUCCAUUACCUCGUCUUUGACCUGGUCACUGGAGGAGAGCUGUUUGAGGACAUCGUUGCGAGGGAGUAUUACAGCGAGGCCGAUGCCAGCCACUGCAUCAAUCAGAUCCUGGAGAGCGUCAGUCACAUCCACCAGCAUGACAUCGUGCACAGGGACCUCAAGCCGGAGAACCUGCUGCUGGCCAGUAAGAUGAAGGGAGCCGCGGUGAAGCUCGCAGACUUCGGUCUUGCCAUCGAGGUGCAGGGGGAGCAGCAGGCCUGGUUUGGUUUUGCAGGAACUCCAGGAUACCUGUCUCCAGAGGUGCUGAGGAAGGACCCGUACGGCAAACCAGUCGACAUAUGGGCAUGUGGUGUGAUCCUGUACAUCCUGCUGGUGGGCUACCCCCCCUUCUGGGACGAGGACCAACACAAACUCUACCAGCAGAUCAAGGCUGGUGCUUAUGACUUUCCUUCUCCCGAGUGGGACACCGUGACCCCCGAGGCCAAGAAUCUGAUCAAUCAGAUGUUGACCAUCAACCCGGCCAAACGGAUCACUGCCGACCAGGCCAUCAAGCAUCCCUGGGUCUGCCAACGCUCCACUGUGGCCUCCAUGAUGCACCGUCAAGAGACUGUGGAAUGUCUCCGCAAGUUCAACGCCAGGAGGAAACUUAAAGGAGCCAUCCUCACAACAAUGCUGGUGUCCAGGAACUUUUCAGUGGGACGACAGCACACCAGCCCUGCCGCCACCACCAGCACGGCCACAAUGGCAACGGAAGCGUGCAAAACUUUACUAAACAAAAAGUCGGACGGUGUGAAGUCGCAGGGAGACAGCAGUAAAAACAGUGUAGUCAGCAGCAGCAGCACCAAAGACAGCAGCAUGUCAUCUUCAGCACCAAUGGAAGCCCAGACCACUGUGGUACACAACCCAGCUGACGGCACCAAGGGCUCCACAGAGAGCUGUAAUAACGCAGAUGAUGAGGACAUGAAAGGUAGGAAAGUGGCUGCUGUCUGUCUUUCCACUAGUACAGACAGUGCAGUGUUAAGCCAGUGCAGCACUGUUGAGGAGCAGACCCCGACCCUGUCUCCUCGCUGCCCACCACCCACCUCUCGCAAACAGGAGAUCAUCAAGAUGACUGAGCAGCUGAUUGAAGCCAUCAACAACGGGGAUUUUGAGGCUUACACGAGAAUCUGUGACCCUGGACUCACGUCCUUUGAGCCGGAAGCUCUGGGAAACCUGGUGGAGGGAAUGGACUUCCACAAGUUCUACUUUGAUAAUCUUCUGAGUAAAAACAGCAAGCCGGUGCACACCACCAUCCUCAACCCCCACGUGCACCUGAUCGGAGAGGACGCCGCCUGCAUCGCCUACAUCCGCCUGACGCAGUACAUGGACGUCCAGGGCCGGCCGCGCUCCUGCCAGUCGGAGGAGACGCGCGUGUGGCAUCGCCGCGAGGCCAAGUGGCUCAACGUGCACUUCCACUGCUCAGGGGCACCGGCAGCACCGCUGCAGUGAACCGACAACCCAGGCUCAGCUUUGCCUGAACUCUAAAGCUGUUUGGAGCAUUUACUCUCCGUGGCCGGAUCGGCGCCUGGAUCCUGGUUGGGAACGAGGCUGCUUGGAAAGUUGUAAAAAAACAAAAAAAACACACAAAAGAGGGGGAAAUAUAUUAUCAGAGAAAUAAACCAAACCAAAAAAUACAUAUAUAUCAUAAGUUUGACUGAACGACCGACCAACACCAAUCCAGUCCAAACCCUAGUUAGAUGAGGCCGGAGCCCGGCUGAGGAGGGGGGGCCUCCUCCUCCUCCCAGGUGGUGCAUGCUUCUCGGGCCGACACAGGGGUGGUGCUGUCCUGCUCCUUCUCUCCCACGGCCUUUAUCCCCCCCCCCCCCACACCCCUCUUUGGUCUGUCCGCUGUCUGGAAAAGUAUUAACAUGUUUAAAAAAAAAAAGUCAUAAGUUGUAUAAAGUUAUUUAUACACUUCACAUACAUAGUGAAUAGGACUGAGGGGGGGUCAAGUAUAAACCGUGGAUUUUUGUGUGUGUGUUGAGGGAGCAGCCGAAUGUCGACUUUGAUAGAAGUGUGUUUUGUUUUGCAGUUACUGGCGGGGUGGGGGGUGGGGGGGGUGUUUGGUGGGGUUAAUGGGAACAAGGGGAUAUUAAAAGGUAACACCCGUUUCAAGUGUCGGGUUUAGUGAUGUUACUGGAGGGACCUUUGUUCUUAUUUUUUGACUUUUUGUAUCGUGUCAUUAAACUGUUUGAUUUUUAUCGUCUGACUUAUGAAUUUUAAAAAGUAUUUUGUGUUGGAGAAAAAAAAAAGGGUCAUUUUUUAAUCAAAACAGGGACUUUAUUUAAUAGAGUUGUGUAUAAAUAGAUAUUUAUAUCAGAGAAAGAGGGAGGGGGGGGCAGCAUGAGAGGGAUGGAUGUGCGUUUUGUUUUCCUGCUUUGAGGUCCUGGGGUGUAGAUACACACACAGACACACACAGACACACACAAAUUAACCCUGUGCUUUCGGGUGGAGCACCGUCCAGGCCAGUUCUUCCUAAAGUUGCUGGCUCCCCCCGUCCAUCUAGGCCUCCGGUGUUUGGAGUCUACACUAGGUGGCGCUAGAUCCUAAAAGCUCCUCCCGGCACAGACACACACACACACACACACACACACACACACACACACACACACACACACACACACACACACACAGCAACACCACCGUCUUAGUUGUACGUGUUUAAAUGUGUUGUUUGGUGUGAAGCAUGACUCGUCUGAUGUAACGGCCUGAACUGUUCCCACACAGACACGUAGAGACUCAAUGCUGUUGUGUUAGCUCGUCUGGGGGAGACAACCUUUCUGCAACUUCAGGUUCCGCUCGCCCCCCACCCGUCUGCUUCCAUCAUUCCCGCCUCUCGCACUCAGCACGUGUGACCCCUGUGACCUUCACCCUCCGGACGAUGUCCCCCUCAUGCCUGUCUCUAGUUUGGAUUGUGUUCUUAAAGUGUGUGUGUGUCGUCCGUCUCGGCUCGCUGUUCUUCUGUGUGAAGUUAAAAAGCAUGUUGAGGGGGGGAAAGGGGAAAGAGGGCUGCGUCGGCUCGGGGGUCCUGGGACCUUCGCUCAUGGCAAAUCAGUGGAUUCGGUCCCUUUUGUCAGUUUCCUUUGUAAAUGUGGUAGUUGUUAGUGUUUGGAUGUUGAUAUUUUGAAAACUUGUUUUAGCUACAACGAUAACAAAAGUUGGGGGUUGAAGCGAAGGGCGGCCUGGAUCAACACAACCCCUUUUUUCUGUGUUGAUGCUGAAGCCUCGGGGCAGAAACACUUAUUAUCCUAUUGAGACACAUCAUGACAAAAGCACAUGAGGGCAGAGAUUGUCGCUUUUUAGAACAUGCGUACAAACACAACGAGGCUUCACGUCACCACACAUCACGUCUGUGCACUGACGCAGUCCAGCAGAUCUUUAACACUGUCGUGAAUCGUGUGUGUCUGUGGCACCGUCCUGCUGUAUCCUCUGAGUGUUGUGACAUAUCUGACACGCCCUGAAAACUGUGCACCCCCCCACUCACCAACACUGUUUGCACCAUGACAACAAAGCGUUUUGAAAUCAGUACUGAGACGAUGUGAUGUUUUUUUUAUGGCUCUUAGUGGUUCUGUCUGUGCUGUGGGCUCGGGGUCUGUUGUCUGUUGAUGCCACAGACAUGAGAUGCUUUUCUUUACAUUGUGUGUGUGUGUAGUCGUGGGAAUGUUUAGAUUACUGAGUAAGAUGCAGUUUAACUUCACCCGUUAUCCAAAACCGGCCGAAUCACGAGUUUGCCAAAGUAUCUGGACGGUUUUAUUAAGUUGUUUGAACAAUAUGAAGACUUUAAAAGCAGGAAGAUAUUAUCAUUGGAAAAAAGACACAAAUGUUCAUAAUUUACCAUUAUUAAAAACAAUUCUGAGAAGUCAAUUUCCAUCUGAAGAAUUGGCAGCUGGUCAAUUAAUAAAAUCUUGAAAUAUGGUGUCGUAAUAAAACAUUUUAAACUUAAGAUUUAAAAAUGACCCAUUUAAUAUGAGUGACUUGCAGGGUUUUUGUAUAAUAUUUAAUCUCUAAUCAUCUAAUUUACAGUUUUGGACAUGACUUCAUGUGAUAUCUGAAUUUUUGUACCCUGAAAUCACUUUAAUUAAGUAAUUGUCUCGUAAAUUGCCUAAAGUGACAGAUUAAACUCUUUGUCUCAGCUGCUGAGAUUUAUUGCAACGUCAUAUUUAUAAUUUAUAAUAAACAAGACCAGAUCUUAACUUUACAUAGAUGAACUCCAGGCUAAUGGCACAAACAAGAGAAAGUUUAUUCACUACAGAUGAAGCAGCUUGUCUUUCUUCAUAUAAACUUAACUUUCAAACAUUCAAUAGUUUAAACCAACCCAGUUCAGAUACUUUGGCAAAUAUGUAAUAAAUGUCAGAUUAAAACCUACGUGACUGAAGUGAGGGAACAAAGAUUCUUGGAAAAAGCUCAACACAAAUGUCGACAAAGGGAAAAUUGAAACCACUCGAUCUUCAGCAGCCACACUAUAUAUGCAUUUUUACAAAUGGAAGAAGUAUGCAUGUCUACUUUCUGGUCAUUUUUUUCACUGUUUACUUGAUAGAGAAAUGAAAAUCUAUGUUACUUGCAUCCUGGAGGUUAUGAAAUGGGUCCGUCUGAGGUUUUGAAAUCAAGCGAUGUUAUCUCACAUUAAAAUGCAUAAAGAUUAGAGAAGCCUUAGCUCGUCAACCCUGAUCCUCUGUCAGUUCGUUUGUUGCAUUGUAACCUGAUACUAAAGAGGCUGCAUACGUCUAUACUCUGAGUUUCAAUUGGAUGCUGGAUUUUUUUGCAUGACCAAACAGUUAAUAAAAAUCAUACGUUUAAAACUA